GGAAGACGGGAUGUAAACAAUCAGUGGGCAGCAGCCAGAGGCAGAACUGGGGUGGGGGCUGGGCUAGGGGCCAGGACUGGGGGGAGGGGGCCCAGGACGCAGCCCCCAGGGGCCAGGUCCACCUGCACACACACAAGGAUGGAAGAGGGCUCCAGGAUGCCCACCCAAUCCUCCCUCCUAGUGAUGCAGGCAAGCUGCAGGCGGCUCAGAGUUGCACUACUUACAAGUAAGCCACAGGUGUUCUUUGCCCCAGAUGGCUAUCAGUUUGCUGUCUGAGAUAUGGGGACAUCUUGCCCAGCGUGGAAGCUGUUGUAGUAGAGAGCAGAGCCCAGUCCCCUUUCUCCUGUUCUAGCCUCUUCUCCCUCUAGACACCUGAGACUCCUUCCUCUUUCCAUGGGAGGGUCAGUCGGAUCCUUCUGCUCCUUCCCCUGCCCCCACCCCACCCCCUGCCUGCAGUGACACAGUUACCUCAGAACUGAAAUAUUCCUGGAAACACCGGCCUCGUCUGGUCUGGUUAAUUUCAUGAGCCGUUUUUCUGCCCAGAUGACUUAGCUCUUGUUUAUCCAAAGGCUUCUCCCCCUGUUGUCCCUGCGUAGGGAGCCAGUUCUCCCCAGGGAUGUCCCACAGACCCAGAAGGGGAGACGAAACAAGACCAGAGUUGGGUUCCUGACCCUGUGCUCCCCCUCUCCCAUGGCGAGGGCAAAACCCAGUCUCAGGAGUCUGGCCAAUAGGGCUGCCCAAAGCAGGGUGGGGGAAAGAGGUGAGCCCAGCUCCCAAUCUGAGUUUCAGCUGGGACCCUCAGCACUGCUGCUAACUCAAGGCUGGAAGGGCCACUGCCCACCUCGGCAGGUCUCCAACCUCCAAAACCAACCCCAUGUUGUACCCUUAGGAUCUUGGGAGUGACUCUACCAGAUACGCAGACUGAGGGCAGCCCAAGGCUUGGUGCAGAGGAGCAAGGCCUGGAAUCUUCUUGGGAUGUGAGGAACAGUGGAUGGAAGGGAAAGCAGUCAGCAGAAGCUAGGUGUGGAGAGGCAGAAUGAGGAAAGGGGUGAAGCCCCGGGCUGCAGAUGGAGAUGAGGACAAGAGGGGGACUCGUGGGGGAUGCUAGCUUGCCUGUGUGCUGUGCUUUGGCACCUCCCUGCAGUGCCAGCCCUCAAUCGCACUGGGGACCCAGGGCCUGGCCCCUCCAUCCAGAAAACCUACGACCUCACCCGCUACCUGGAGCACCAACUCCGCAGUUUGGCUGGGACCUACCUGAACUACCUGGGCCCCCCUUUCAACGAGCCUGACUUCAACCCACCUCGGCUGGGGGCAGAGACUCUGCCCAGGGCCACGGUCAACUUGGAUGUGUGGCGAAGCCUCAACGACAAACUGCGGCUGACCCAGAACUAUGAGGCCUACAGCCACCUGCUGUGCUACUUGCGCGGCCUCAACCGCCAGGCCGCCACGGCUGAGCUGCGCCGCAGCCUGGCCCACUUCUGCACCAGCCUCCAGGGCCUGCUGGGCAGCAUCGCGGGCGUCAUGGCGGCUCUGGGCUACCCGCUGCCCCAGCCCCUGCCAGGAACUGAGCCCACCUGGGCCCCCGGCCCUGCCCACAGCGACUUCCUCCAGAAGAUGGAUGACUUCUGGCUGCUGAAGGAGCUGCAGACCUGGCUGUGGCGCUCAGCCAAGGACUUCAACCGGCUCAAGAAGAAGAUGCAGCCCCCUGCGGCUGCAGUGACCCUGCAUCUGGAGGCCCACGGCUUCUGAUCUCUGACCUUUACCACCUCCACCCUCCCUUCCUCCUUCAAACCCUGCUCCCACUCUGGUGGGGGGGAGGGUGGGGAGAAAGCUGUGUGCCAACACCUGUUGAGCCAGGAGACAGAAGCCAUGAGCCUCUGGCUCUCUCUAGUCUUGGAAGAGGGUGUGAUGCAAUAAGGCCUGUCCCUUCCCUGCUUCCCAGAGUCCUGCAGGUCUGGGGAAGAGGUGCAAUAGGCCUAGUCCCAUUUCCACAGGAAGGAGUGCUUCAGGGAGCUCUAAGUGGUUCAGGUUGGUGCAAAGACUCUCUUGGCUUCCUGCUUCCUGCCCAGCACUCACCAGUGCCACACAGCCCCUCCUGUAGCACUUCCAGGAAGCAUGCUUGGGCAGGGAGGGGGGCCACUACAGCACAUGCCUUUCUGGGGUGAAACCCUUUGGCUGCCCCACUCUUCCUAGAUGGGGGUUGCUCCCCUACCCCCCAAAUAACUCAGUACACCCAAUUCAGGAAACAGACACAAUGGCAAGUCCAAACAGGAAGAGAUGGGCUUUGAAAGUAGGAGAGGUAGGGUCUGCAUUGGAGGUCAUACCAAAAACAUAGGGGCAGGGACAGAUGGGACCCAGGGCCGUCGGUGGCACAGGAUGACAGCCAAAAGGACCUUGCCUUGCAUCUUGUCAUUGGCAUCACGGUGCCUCCUCCCCAUCCCCUUUCCAGGCUGUCUGAGGGUUGCCCAGGCUGGGGAGGGCAACCAGAGCCACAGCCACAGGGUUCCCUGAAAGUUUACAUUGCAGUAGCAUUGCGGGGUGCGGGGGGCAGCUCCCCCAGGCCCUGCCCCCCAGCCUCACCCACUCAUGACUCUAAGUUUGUUGUAUUAAUAUUUAUUUAUUUGGAGAUGUUAUUUAUUAGAUUAUAUUUAUUGCAGAAUUUCUAUUCUUGUAUUAACAAAUAAAAUGCUUGCCCCAGGA